GGGUGGCUCGAGAAGGGUGGGCGGCGGGUGAAGGGUGGCUCGGGAUUCUCUCGGUGGUCUCGCCGGAACGAUCGGGCGGCUCCGACGUCGCUCGUAUCUGGCCGGCUUUCACGGCGCCGGCGCUAUUUCACCCCUUUGACGUAGCAAAAUGGCGGCGGCGUGUCGGAGGCGUCUCCGUUGCAGUGCUCGACGUCGAGCAGUCCGCAUACGUUCGCAACAACGUUCCAGCAGAUUAACGCGGCGGCAGAUCGGACGCAACGCACGGCACCGCGGCACCGUGUUCCUACGUGCGUGAGACACGGGUUUCUUCCUUGCUUCCGGUGACGCCGACUACCCCCGCGCACGGGGUGGCAAGGGCGAGCAGCGUGCGAGUUACGCGUCGGUCGCGGUCGACGCGAAAGCGACGUGAGAAGCAGCGGAGAGCGGUGCCCGGAGAGAGAGAGAGAGAGAGAGAGAGAGAGAGAGAGAGAGAGGAGAGAGUGAGAAAGAGAGGAGGAGAGAGGGAGGGAAAGAGCUAGAGAGCGGGUGAUACGGCCAAGUGCGUCCGGUACGUGAUAUUCUCCAAGUGUUCUCGCGACGCCGCGUGCCUCUUCCGGUCUCUUCCGUCCCUUCGUCCCCUUCUUCUCCCCCCUCUCCCUCUUCUCUCUCCAUCUGUCAGUUUUCGUCUGAAAUUCGUCCGUUUUGCACCCCUCUCCCUCCCUGUCCCUCGUUGUUGCCUCCUUUUUCUCUCUUUCGCUCUGCUCCGCUCUCUCCCUCCCUUCCGCCCUUUCACCUGCCCCUAGCCUCUCCCGCCGCUGCCUCGGUCCUCGCUCCUUCCUCCCGGUGGUCUCUCUGUCUCUCUCUCUACGCUUCUUCGUCCCGGUAACUCUUUCACGGCACCAUCGGUGAGAUGCGCGUGACCGGUCGCGCCUCGGGACGACGGCGACGACGUGCCUGGCGUUGUUGGUGCACGUUCCUCUGACGAGCACGAGAGACACGCGGCGAGACACGGCACGUCCACCGCAGCCCUCGCUACUAUGAUAAUAACGAGAGGCACGGCGACGGCGGUGGCGGCAAGGUGGGCGCUCCUCCUCAAGCGAGAGACGCUCGGCCGAACUUACCACAACGGUGGACAACGGCGACCGGCGGUGACCCGUAGCGACGUGGCUACGGCGAUGUUGUCUCUUUGCGGCCGUACACACGCAUCGCACGGGAACGACAGCAGCAACAGCAGAACCGACAGCAGCAGCAGCAGCAACAACAACAACAACAACACCAUCACCUUCGUAGGCACCGGGCCGCAGUGGACCAUCAGCAGCAGCUGCACAGUCGCGUUGGCGUUGCCGUGUCACUAUUAUUGUCAGCGUCGCAUCGGUGAUAUCGCCGUAACGUCGGACUGCACGUUGCUCGUCGACGACCACGAGGACGAACCGAUAGCGCGAGCAUCUCCGAAUCAGCGGCAGCACGAAGACGACGACGACGACGACGACGACGACGACGGCGGUGACGACGACGACGACGACGACGACCAGGAAGACGAGGACGCGAACGAGGCAGCAGUUGUGAACGCCGGUGACGGUUGCCUUCUCAAUCGCCGGGAUAGACUACGUUGUUGCGCGUGACCAAGAGCCUCGCUACGCCGAGUCGAUGAUACGCGUGAUGAUACAGUGUGACGAUUAAAGCGGCGGACGAACGUGCUAACCGACGACAAUCCGCCGGACGGACAGACCAGAGAGA